AUGAAUGCAACAACGGAUGCCACAAUGGAUACAACAACGGACGCAACAAUGUAUCCUAUAAUGGAUACAAAAGUAGUUGCUGCCCAUAAUACGCUUGGGGCCCUAUUUGAAUCAGUUCAAGUAAUAAUUAAUGACAUUGAAGAUAUUAGAAUUAAUAUGGCAAAUCAAUCCAAAAAACCAAAAACUUUGCUCGAAGACUAUAAAUGUUGUGAUUCAGCUAAAUAUAAGAACUUAAUAUUGUUUUUUUUUACAUUGACGUUUUUUGUAUUUUUUGGUUUGAAUGAAAUUACAGGAAUAUCUAUACGUCACCGGAAUAGUCAAAAUAUACUUUAA